AUGGGUACACCCAAGUCUCAUCGCAAGACUGCGGGCGUUGGUCUCCGGAUCCUCUUUGACAGCAUCGAGAAUGGCGGAGUCUUCGACAGAGUGGGUGCGUCCCGACCGGUGUUUUUUUUCGAAGUCGGUGUCUCCGCUUGGGAAGCGAGCGAACCAGCGACAGUCCUGAUGGUAGCAGCGUCCUCGUCCAAUCUGCUGUUGAUGUUGCGGGUUGCUGUCGUUGCUCCAAUGCCGCCACGCCAUUCAUGGAAGAUGAUAGCUCUUGCGUGA